CCCAAUGAUCCUUUAGUUACAAAGAUUCGUUCAGACCCAGAAAUCCUUGUAUCUAUUCAAGAAUUUUCUCAGCUCCUUCAAGGAAAAGGAGUAGAUAUAAGUAGAGGUCAAAUGCCUUCUAUGUUACAAAUGGCUAAACUUGCUUCAGACAAAGAAAUAAAUGCAAAAAUUACGAAUAUUAAUACACUACUUAACAGGGCAGGAAUUACUUUAGACUCUCAAACUAUACAAAAA